AUGAUCAGAAAGAUACACUCAAUAUUUCACCCCAGUUCCCGCAGGAGGAGCCUGAUCGAUAGAAUUCCAGUUUAUGAGGGCUCUGAAGUCCGGUUGAUCCGUAGCACCUCUAUGUACGUUCUUGGAGGUGAGGAUCAGGAAUUUACUGAACCCUUGAAAAAAUCCAAAAGCACCACCAGCAUAGACUCAGCUGCCUGCAUCCAUCUCAAGGAGGAAGAAAGAGCAUGGAUGUACUCCAAGACCCAAGACUGCUUGCAGUACUUACAAGACUUAUUAGCCUUGAGGAAAAAAUACAUUGAAAGCAUCAAAGAUUUGAAAUCCAUGGACAAAGCCCGUGAGAUUUCCCCAAUAUCUACAAAAUCUUCCAAGACAGGAAAAAAGCCACAAACCCCAGUUCCGCCCACACCAUCUUCCAAGAACUCAGCAGAGAGAAAAACCUCACAGUUCGCUUCGGAUGUGAGGGAGGCAAUUGCCUAUUUUGACUCAGUUAUUGCAGAACUGGAUGCAGAAAGGCAGCGGAAAAUUGUUGUGAGGGAUUAUCGACAUGCGGAUGUUGAUUUUGAUGUUGUCACUAGCUCACGAGAACACAGCUUACAUUCCAACUGGAUCCUUCGCGCCCCACGGAAACAGUCCCAAGACACCGUCCACGAAUCAAAGAAACCAAGCCAAUCAGAAAGAAAGAACCGAGAAAGAACGGUCAGCUCCAGAAAGAAAAUAGAAAGAUAUCCAAUAUAUCUGCCUAAAGCUGUGGAGGGAGCAUUCAAUACUUUGAAAUUUAAACCCAAAAUGUGCCCAAAGGAACCGCUCUAG